CGCAAGGUCACCCGCGGAGGCGCGCGAAGAUAACCACGCGUCGCCCGUCGCGGCCGGGCCUGCGGAGCCGGCCUUUUCCAGAGGGGCGGAGCGAGGACGCGACGGUAGCCGCGCAUCGCGGUGCGCGGUGCGCAAAGCCAUGAGACCAAGGAAACGCCAGGCGUUAUGCUCGUCUAGUGUGUUCCUCCUCCUCCUCCGCCUCCUCCACUUCCUCCUCCUCCUCGUCCUCGUCCUCCUCCUCCUCCUGCUCCUGCUCCUGCUCCUCCUCCUCCUCCUCCUCCUCCUCCCCCUUGUGCACCAGGCAAGAGGCCGAGCAGCAGCUCCACGUGCUUCUCGGGGCUGGUGGACAAGGCGCAGCAGGCGCUGGCGGAGCGCCCCUCCAAGCUCGGCCCGGAUUUUCCAGGACAGCCGCCGGCCAAGCUGGAGUCUGCGGCAUCCACGGACACCUUGAUCCAGGACCAAGCCGAGAUGGAGGAACUGCACAAGGACAAGAUAGUGUUUGAGGUGCUGCACGAGCGGGCGCGUCUUUCCCCAACGCCGUCUCCGAACGGCGACAAGGAGCCCCGCCUGAGUCGCACGAUCACGAAGGACUCCGCAGAGUCCGCGCUGGCUGCAGCCAUGGUGUGUGGCCCGACGUGGAGCAGUCAGGAUUCCGACGGCGCAGCCUCCGCGAACGGCGUGCGGCCACCGCGCUUCUCGCGCCAGGAGUCCGAGGGCAGCGAGAAGGGCGUGACAGUCACGGUCACGCCCGCGGCCUCGCAAAGGACGGUCGCGAGGGGCGGCGGCUUCGGCGCCGCGCGGAACUCGCUGAGAAGUCCGACCGUCGAAGCUCGGCGCCCGACAAAACUCAUCACCGACAAGAUCGAGGAC